CCCUUUAUUUCUGAUGUAUAUGAUUUCAUUUGUACAACUCUAUGCAUUUCUAACAUGGCAAAUCUACAAGUUCAAGAAGCUCAUAUCUAACUGCAGAUCCUUCAGAUUAGAUAUCAGAAAGAAUUUAACUGUCUAUGCCCUUCAACAUGCCAAGUUGAACAAAGUAGAGGGCUCUUUGAAUAAUGGCCUGUUAGUUGGAUCCUUGUCUAGAUAUUACACAUCCUUAAGGGCAUGCUCAUCGCUCGCCGAAUCAGAUAAGACUCAUUUUUCUUGUAUUGAUCAAAGAAAUGAAGCAGAGGAGGUUACUGAUGUUCCAUCAAGUAGUACUGAGGGAGUGGAGUUUAAUAGAGUGGACUACAUUGUUUCGGUAUUGCAUGAAUCUGCUAGGAGCUUUUCUAAAUCUGUUGAGUCCCUUGGAGUCUCAAGAUGUGGUCCAGAACUCUCAAUGGCUUGGAUUGGAAAAGAUGUUCAUGAGUGGCAUAGGCGAAUUGCUUACCAGGUUGCAGUUUAUGCUUUGAUGAAAACUGCAAUUGAUUUGGAGAUAUUGCUAUCACAUGAACGACAUAACGAAUUUUCCCCUGUUAGAGAGAUUUUGAACCCUUUAACAAAUCAGGUGGGAGAACACAUUGAGCUUCAACUCCGAAUGCAGCAUCCGGAUUUGGUGCAUUGGUUUAGAGACACUGAAAUGCCACAGAUAGCAGCAUACUUUAUUCCUCUUCUGAAACAAUGGUCUGUGGAAUAUGCUGGAAGCGGCAUUGCAGGUAUAAUUGUGGCUAUAACCUGCUGUACUGCAGUGGUGAAAUUAGGCUGUGGCCGUAUCCGUCGCCCCAUACCUGUUUUGUGUUUUGAGGAUGUUUUGGUCAAGCUCAUGGAUUUUUCACUCAAUCUUGCUUCAGUGGACAAACUACACCAGUUAGCAACUGAGGCAGGAUUUGAAUUGAAUUUCUUGUUGCAUUUUGGUAAGAAGAUUCUUCCGAGCGAAAAAACCGAGGAGCUUGAGUUUUGGAUUGGUUUGGCACAUAAGAAACUACAGAAAGCAUUAUCUGAAGAAAGCAUCAUGUCAAACAAGAAAAGUGAACACAAGAUUCCAUCAGAUACUUUGGCCAUACUGGGACUUUUUGCAUAUCUUGGAAGAAGGACUAGAAUAUUUCUGUCAGCAAUGGGAAUUAAGGACCUUGAUGAAAUUGUUAAGGACUUACUUAGUUACUUGGAGUGUGGGAUUCUUUUCAUUUAUCCAGAUUUUUCCUGCAUACCAGUUUAUCAAUGCUUCAUGGAGGUAGUAACUGAUGAGAUAGGAUGGCUUGAUUUUUAUGCUUCAUAUGUCCAAAUAAACUGCAAACAGAAAAGACAAAAACACAACGCUCGCCAAGCAGAGAAGGAGAUCAUUUUAUCUGUUGUUUUUACUGUGUGCUAUGAUGUUUUCUCUGGCUUUGCGCACUUCAAUCGCUCGACUCAACAAUCGUUGGACACAGCUUCACUGUCAUACUUGCUUCACUGUCAAGGAUUGCUAAGCAAUUGUCUGCAAGAUCAUUGGGCUGCUUAUGAUAAAUCAGGUGAUUCACUAAAUAUUAUGGACCAUGCUGCAUCUGACAAUCAUACAUCAUCAUACAUUGGAGGCAUAAAUGGAACUAAGUUAACUUUGCUGUUUGAAGGACCGCAUAGGUCACAGGACUUAACUACCAAAGGAUUUCCAAAGAUUGAUUCUCACAACAGUUCUGGAUUCCCCAAGGCUCCAAUUUUGGCAACAAACAAGGAAUCAUCAUUUGGGCAAGUUUCCGUAAAUGACAAGUCAAGUCCUCUACAUCAAAGUGUUAUCAAGCGAUACAGCACCAAGUUGGCAUUGACAAGUGCGGACCUUUGGAUGGGUACAAGGUUGCUCUUCAUGGAUAUCAAGGUUGCUUUGCAAUUACUUGCAAAGCAAGCACAUGGCUUCAAGCCUUCAAGAAGUCAAAGAAAGAGAUUAGAGAGAACCUUGACUGAUGUAAUAGUCUUAAUUCCAAUGACAAUCUUGAUGCUACUUCCUAUAACAACAGUAGGCCAUGCAGCUAUAAUAGCAGCCAUCAAGAAAUAUAUGCCAUUCUUGAUUCCUUCCUCUUAUUCUCCAGAGCGUUUGGAUGUUGUAAAACAACUAAAGCAAACUAGAGAGAUGAUGAGUAAGAGUAACCAGUCAUUGGAAAAUCAAGAUGAUCAGCCACCAACCAUUUCAUGAACAUGAUUCUUUCUCAACUCUCAAUACAAUUUACAUUUGGAGAAAGCAACUGUAUAUAGAUGACAGCAUUAUUUUUAUGUGCAAUGUGAAUGUGACAAACUUCCAUUAGGGUACUCAAUUGAAUAAGGCCCUAAGCCUGUUGGAUGUAAUGCACAUGCAGAUUUAUCCAAAUCAUUUAUUAAAAAAUGCUCCACU